AUGUCGUCGGGAAGUUGCCCUUCCGAUGUGCGUAGUCUUCAUUACUUUCCUAAAUAUGUUGGAACUAACUGUCAAUUUAACUGGACAAACCGUGCGGCAAUGAUCCAGAAAGUCCGCGACCGAAUGAAACACCGACAUAAGCUGUUUCUACGUUUCAACGCUCCUGUAUUUCACCUUGAUUCGGAUUGGACAUGGAAACAAUCGCCAGCUGAAUUCGAUACGUGGGUAUGGGUCGCUGUAACGCACGAGUACAUGCUACAUUUUCCGCAUAAUUUCAAUGUUUUAUCCCUUGGAACGAUGGGAAUUAUCACGAACAACUUUUGGGGUCCUGGUGGCGAGGGAGAAAUUCACGGUUACUGCUACAAGAGUUGUCUGGAGUUGGGAAAAACAACCACGCCUCGUUGUACGUUAACGUGGAAAGAUCUAUCGGAAUUCAUGUCUAAUGUAACUGCUGAGGGAAAAACUGAGUGGAACUAUGUAUGUCGUCAGGUAAUAUAUGUCACGAUUUUGAAGUCGUCUACAGUUCAUAUUUUAUAAAUGCUCAUUUUUAUGAAAUAUUUCAUUUAUACCAUUUCUGCAGAUUUUUAAAAUGAUAUUUAGGAUUCCCCGUAAAUUUAGGGAGGUUUAGUAACGGUUUAUGUCCAAUUUUACAGAGUAUUAUUAUUAUUAUUAUUAUUAUUAGUAAUAAAUAUCAUUUGUUCAUGCAGAAGACCAAUCAAUUUGAAUAAAAAUUCCAGAAAAAAACAUGGUGUGACCCGGAUCAGUUAUGCUUCAAUUGUUCGUUGCAUUUUUUACCGUACCCAACUAAUCAAAAUAUUUUCCCCUGCUAAAGUUCCGACGAGCUAGGGGGAAGGGGAGGGCAGAAUUUUUCGACAUAUAUUUCUUGCUUUUCAAUUUAUUUCCCCUCCUUCUCUUUGCCCAACUUACGUUUAAAGUUUUCCAAACUUCAAUUUUUUCUGUGGGGGGGAGGGCGCCGCUGCGCCCAUCUCGUACGCUUAUGAUUUCCAAAACAUUUGAAGAUGAGUAAUCAUUAAGAAUUAUUCAUGUUGUUUCAAAUCGUUCGCACCAUUCAUGCAAAGUCAUAACAGAUUUGUGUGUCUUCGUUGAUGCAUAUGCAUGCGAAGCCAUAAUCUGGAUGUAGCUCUGUUUCUAUCAAUUCUUUUCUGGAUGCCAGUAGAGUUAUCAACAUUGAACUUCAAAAGUGAACAGAAAACUACCAAACUGGGUAUCGAAUUAUUUCUCAGCAGGAAUACAUUUAAAUAGAACUCAGAUGCUAAAUAUAUAACAAAACAGAAUAUGAAACCUGACCGAUUUAGUAACAAAUGCAUGCAAUAGAACAGAUAUCUUCCGCUUUCUUUCGUGUGCAAUGUCUAUAGAUACAUGUUGUUCAAUUUACUUCAAUUGAUAUAUUUAAGUUUGGAAGAAGUAAGACUUUUCAAACUAGUCAUUCUACAUUCGUAUUUUCCAUUUGGUAACAUCUCGUCUUGGCGCGAUUCACCUAUUACCAAAUAAUUAUGACAUCACCUCUAAGACGACGUUCACAAUAAGGUUUCCAAACGAGCGAGAUGAAGACGUGCCGCUUGGCGGCUUCGUGUGAACAGGGGCACCGUCUUUAUUUUUCUCUACUUUAGCGUCUUUUAUUAUAUUUUUACUUGAGCACUUUUCUAUUAUUUUUCAAUUUUUUUCACUCUUUGAGCUCGUUUUGCGAAACCGUAUCAAAACGGCCUAGUGUGCACAGACAUAGAACAUGCCGUCCUGACGGAACGCAACCUCGGACUUUCGCAAGAAAUCGACCAUGAAUGGACCCUAAAAUCUUUUAUGCUUAAGAAUUGCAAAGUGGAUUUCUUAGGAAAUUCCGAGGUUGCGUUUUUUUAUACACCCUGUAUAGUGUAUUUCUUCACGUGUAUGUUUUUCGUGCAGGUGAACUAUGACGUUUCUGAUGUUGUACUGGAUACGAACGCUGCCAUACCAGAUUUGCUCUAUUAUUGGCGUUUCCUUUCUCAACUUUGUACCAACAGACCAUACUUUGGGAAAGGAGUGAAGAAGGAUGACUUUAUACAUUACAACUGUUUCAAGAAAAAUGGCGAGUUGGAAAGGAAGGAGCUGUUAAUGAAUUACUUUGUGAUAAUGAUCAUAGCAAUUCUACUCUGGUUAUACUCCCCACUCCUUAUUUACUAUUUCCCGAGUUCUGAACCAACUUGGUUAAACUACCCCGUGGGUUUAACUCAUACAGAAUUUCAUUGUACUCAUAAAAGUCCAGUCUAUUUUGGAAAUCUUGUGCGAUGCCUUUUGGGCUUUUAUAUUGGAAAGGAUGAGAUUGGGAAAUCGCGUGUUCGACGGCUGUUGUUCGUCAGCUGUACAUUUGCAUUAUCAUUUCGCCUGUUCUUUACGGAUUAUUGCAGUGUUUUUCUCUGCUUCAUAAUUGUAUGCCUUCUUGUAGCGGUGAUUCCAGAUUUUUGGAGCGUUCAUCUUACCAGCCAACAACCGACGCAUUUUAUGAAUUUAUUUAAAUACCCUGAAGGAAGUUUUCGCAAAAAUACAAAAAAGAAGGAAUACCAACUACUAGCCCAUUUUAUGAAGGAACGUCUUUGCCUUGUGUUGGACUUGCAGUUUUUGAAAAUGCUACUGACCCAGAGCUGGAGAUCGCUUCUUUUCGCAGACACGUGGACCCAGCUUUUCACAAACUCUCUUUGGAAUAUCCAUAAGAUUAUCAUAUCUGCCUGCGCAAGUCUAGUUAUAUUUGUAUGUUUGAUAACCAGCCUAGUGGUUUAUCAUUUCGCACCGGCAUUUUACUUCUACAAGCAACUUUUCUUUGCAGUCACCAUCGCAACAUCCGAGAAUCUCUUGCCAGGUUUGCUUGGCUUUGACUCACUCGGUUACUAUGGUUACUGUGCAAUUAUAAUUGCAACCCUUGCGUGUAAUUUCCUCCUUAUCAUCUAUUUCAUGGUCGCGAUGAUGUUUGUAUGUUAUCUUGUUGCGGAGGUGACAAUGUUUACUUAUAUUGGUGCAGUCCUUGACCCCUCUAUGGCAUUCAAGUAUAUCUCGCUUGUGGGCGCCGUGUCUUUCGUUCUUUACAAUCUUACCAGAAACAUGAGGGAAAAUUAUGAUAAUCUGCGUGACCAGAUAGUCGAAAUACUAGAAAAGACAGACCAUCUUUCACAGCUGAAUAAGGAGUUUAAAAUAAGUCCUGAAGAUACAUUCGAGCGAAAGGAGGAACCCGAUGGCACGGUAAAAACACUUUUGGAAAUUACUGGUAAGCCGUCGAAAGUUGUUCUGCACCAUGAUCACUAUGGUACCUAUUUAUCAAGACCCAUGCUUGACUUUUGUAUUGAGGAAUGCGAUCCACUUCGAAGAAAGGUGUUAUUCAUGACUGUAAAAGUGCUUCUGAUGACUUUUUAUCUCUUGAUCGCCAUGUGGAUAAAAAAUGUCUUUCACAAGGAAAAAGAAGUGUCGUCGAUCUUUUCCAUAAUACAAGGGAUUGCCAUUAAUUUCAUUCCCAAUCUCCUUCAGUUUCUUGUGGAUAAAAGUCGUUUCGGCAAGAAGGAUUCUGGCGACCUGCACCGAGAUGUUCACGAAGCAAUUGUUGCUUUUGUUGAAAGACGGUAAUACGUCUACAUAUUUUGCUUAGCUCUCAAGGAGAAAUCAUCUUAUACUACAUAAACUGCACUCUUAUAUUAGAUAGGAAGUCGAC